GUCUUUCACAUGCGGCCAGCAUCACUUUUAUUUCUUUGGAAAAGUAAAAAAUAUCAUUUAAUCGAUUGACUUCGCAGACGAUGGUUUUCAUUUUCUGAUUUUGGAAUUUCCAAUCGAAACACUUCCGCCCAGCCUUAAUCGCCCAAAAAGGUGUGGAAUUUUUAGAGAGAAUAUGUCCCAAUACCAAGCAGAUGAUGCCAAAUACAUGCUGGAUGAACAUGAAAUGGAAGAUGAGUUUCGUGGUAGAGAAAUGGCUGGUUCAGAUUCUGAUGCUGAUGAAUAUGACCACUCGAAUAUUAAGGUAGCCGAUACUACUGCUGCUCAAGCUAGGAAAGGAAAAGACAUCCAGGGGAUCCCUUGGAAUAGGCUUAGCAUCACUAGAGAGAAAUACCGGCAAACUAGGCUAGAACAAUACAAGAAUCAUGAAAACAUCGCUCAUUCUGGAGAGGGCUCAGGAAAGGAUUGCAAAGUUACCAAGAAAGGAGGCACAUACUACGAGUUCAGACGGAAUUCGAGAUCUGUGAAGUCAACCAUUCUUCAUCUUCAGUUGAGGAACUUGGUUUGGGCUACCUCAAAUCAUGAUGUCUACCUUAUGUCUCAUUUUUCUGUCAUCCAUUGGUCCUCCUUAACCUGCAGCAAAUCUGAAGUUCUCAAUGCCUCAGGGCAUGUUGCACCAUCAGAGAAACAUCCUGGGAGUCUGUUGGAGGGAUUUACUCAGACUCAAGUGAGUACUCUUGCUGUAAAAGAUAAGUUGCUUGUUGCUGGAGGGUUCCAAGGAGAACUUAUUUGCAAGCAUCUAGAUCGGCCUGGUGUUAGUUUUUGUUCCAGGAUGACUUGUGAUGAUAAUGCCAUCACCAAUGCUGUUGAGAUCUACGUCAGUUCCAGUGGUGCAGCUCACUUCAUGGCUUCAAAUAAUGACUGUGGAGUUAGAGAAUUUGAUAUGGAGAAAUUUCAGCUUACUAAGCACUUCCGAUUUCCUUGGCCAGUGAAUCAUACUUCUCUAAGUCCUGAUGGUAAACUCCUCAUAAUUGUGGGAGACAACCCAGAAGGUAUGAUGGUGGACUCCCAAACUGGAAAGACAGUGACGACCUUGUGUGGGCACUUAGAUUUCUCUUUUGCAUCAGCAUGGCACCCUGAUGGUAUCACUUUUGCUACUGGAAACCAGGACAAAACUUGCCGGGUUUGGGAUGUCCGAAAUCUAUCCAAGUCCGUUGCUGUUCUGAAGGGAAACCUUGGAGCUAUUCGGUCGAUCCGCUAUACUUCUGAUGGUCAGUAUAUGGCAAUGGCAGAGCCUGCUGACUUCGUGCAUGUGUAUGAUGUGAAAAAUGGGUAUGAGAAGGAACAAGAGAUUGAUUUCUUUGGAGAGAUAUCCGGCAUAUCAUUCAGUCCGGACACAGAGUCUCUUUUUAUCGGAGUGUGGAAUCCUACAUGUGGUAGUCUCCUUGAUUAUGGCAGGUGCCGAAACUCCUCCGGCGAGUUUCAUUAGCCAUUUCACAUACAUACUUUAAAAUGCAUAAAUCAUUGUCGUUAGGCAUGUACUUGGGCGUGGGUUCAAAUUUCUGCAAUGGAUAAUCUCUAUAUAUGUUUUAUUAGUAUUAGCCAUCUUAGUUCUCAUUGAUAUUUUGGUGAGAUUGGGUUAGGUUGUGGCUCAGUUGAAUUUGAGGGAGUGUCUGCGGUUCUCACUGUCUAGGCCCUUCAUGUGCUGCUCUCAGCGAGUAGGUGCUACUAUGUUCACGCUCAUGUAAGAUAGUCACAAUUGGUCUCCUCAGCCUACCUUUUUUGAUAAAAAAUAAAAUAAAAUUAAAAAAUAAAACUUCUUUUUACAA